GUAGAAUUAAGAGGAUGGAAUGUGUGUACCAGCGAAUUAAAUUCCUGGCGGAGAGCAUGUCAAAAUCGACGAAGUUUUAGAAUUUUUGUAUCCGCGGAGGCGCAGACUACAGUCGAUUGCUGAAAAAAAAACCGAUUAUGGAAGACGACAAUGCUACGAACGAUGCUAUUAAGCAGGCAGCCAGCAAUCCAAGUCUUGAUGAGAUCAAACAGCCCGUAAAAGCUCAGCCUAAACCCAGACCCAAGAAAGCCCCAGAGCUGCCAAUCUUUGAAAGACGUAACUGGCUUAUUCACCUUCACUAUGUGAGAAAGGAAUAUGAGGCGUGUAAGAUGUUGAUUAAGGAGCAGGUGGCUGAGACCAGCGGCAUGUGUGAGUACCCGCUGUACGUCCAGGCGCUGAUCCUGCGCCAGAUGGGACGCAUACAGGAAUCUCUGGAAUGCUUCCAGACGUGUGCACUCAUCAAUGCCCAGAACUCAGACAAUCUCAAGCAGGUUGCGAGAUCACUGUUUCUCCUUGGAAGACACAAGGCGGCCAUUGAUGUAUAUUCAGAAGCUGCUCGGAUGAGCAGUCGUGAUUGGGAGAUUAGCCACAACCAAGGCGUCUGCUACAUGUACCUCAAAGAGUACAUGAAGGCCAAAGAGAUGUUGAAGCAAGCUAUUCAGUUCAACCGCCACGACUUGUCCUAUGUCAUGCUGGCUAAGAUCUAUCUGAUGGAAGGCGAUAUCCACAUGGCCAUUGAUGUCUACAAGCGAGCUAUAGAGUUUUCUCCUGAGAAUCCUGAGCUGUUGACUACACUUGGCUUGUUGUAUCUUCAGAUGAACCAAAACCAGCGAGCCUUUGAGCACCUUGGUAACGCUUUGACCUAUGACCCGAGCAAUGUCAAGGCUAUUCUAGCUGCCGGCAGUAUGAUGCAGCAACACAAUGACUACGACGUGGCUCUCACUAAGUACCGCAUUGCGGCUGCAGCUGUCCCAGAGAGCGCCCCCCUCUGGAAUAACAUCGGCAUGUGCUUCUUUGGCAGAAAGAAAUAUGUCGCUGCCAUAAGCUGCCUGAAGAGGGCCGGCUACCUUGCGUCCUUUGACUGGCGUAUCUUGUACAACUUGGGACUGGUCCAUCUCACCAUGCAGCAGUACGCGUCUGCGUUCCACUUCCUCAGUGCGGCCAUCAAUCUCAAACCAAAGAUGGGACAGCUCUUCAUGCUUCUUGCAGUUGCCUUGACACAUCUAGACGACACAGACAACGCCAAGCAGGCAUAUGAACAGGCUCUGCAACUUGAUUCGAAAGAUGUCAGUAUCCUUCUGAACUUCUCCCUAUUUUUGUACAACCUUGGCGAUCGUAAAACGGCUACAAAACACUUCAUCGCUUUUGAGCAGAGCAUGCAGAAACUGAAGGACACAGGAGCUGCCGAUCUGGAUGCUGAGCUGAUGGACACAGCCGGCAAACUCGGCCCGGCUUUGCAAGUCGGAGAGAGCCUGGUGUGGAAAGACAAGGCCAACCAGCCAUCAACGUCGCCCUCUGCACCCCUACCAGCCCCACCGCCUUACACGGAUACAUCAACCGAGGCCCUGGCGAAUGCCCCUACACCUCCGACCCACGACCCGGCGGCAUCGGAACAAAACAGCAACACGAGGAGUGACAGGGUGGCGGUACCAUCUCAGUGAGCGAGUCCGCAAAUUGAGGGUUCAUUUAAGCAUCAUGUUAAGUGAAACGUUAGUUCAAGUCAUAUUUGAGUUUUGACCUGGUUUGUUAACAUCAUAUGCACAGCAAGUAUUAUUAAAUAGUACCAAUAUUGCAUGUAGAGCACUUUAACAGAGACAUUUUGCAGUACCACUUGAGGAAAGUUGGGUCAAAAUGCACCCGGGAUGCCGGAAAAAUGUCACAAUACGCCACGUUAGGGAACUCCUCUGAAAGCACAUCAGUGCAUUAUUUUACUGUUAUGCCCUCACAUUGUGCUUAGAUUUUUAAAUGUAUAUUUAUAGAUCUCUCUCAAAUGAUGUCACUUCCUACAGAUUGUCACAGUGCAUCGGCAUUUUGGAUGUCAAAUUUUCGUGACGCGCAUCGGCUGCACUGUAUUUGGAAAAAACACAUGCGCAUAUGUAGAACAUUUUUCACACUGCGCGUAGUUGCACCUGAUGGCGUUAAAUACACUAUACAAGAGAGGGCGCUUUUGAACCACUUUCGAGAGCCCCAUUUUUUCUUCAUAUAUCAUCUCAAUGAAGCCAAGGUCAGUCAUUGCAAAAAUGAUGAUGAUAAGACAUGGGACUGAGAAACAUUUCCGACUUUGUUAGAAAACUAAGAAAAUUUCCUUGACUCUCCAUAGACUUGCACAACCUUUGAAGUGGUGUUAGGUUGCAACAUUUCUUUCAAGUCAUGUUAUAACAAAAUACAUGUAAUAAGUUUGCUUUGAUUAUGUGUAUUUCCAGAUACCAUUGCAGUGUGUAUAUUUUCAGGGUAUUGUGCAAUGACUGGAUUUCAGCCCACAUUUGUGGGAAUAGUUCAGUUGUGUUUUGUUUGAUGUUUCAUUUAUGAUAUAACUUCUUGAAAACAAAUUCCUCACUAUGAAUGUACAUAUAAAGUCAAAUAAUGUGAAUAAAAUUUAGUGGAAAUCUGAAAA